AUGAAUAUAAAUUCCAUAUAUUCCGAAUACGCUAAGAAUGAUGAAACCUUAAAAAAUGCUAAAUUUCUAGAUCGUAAACUAGUCUAAAAAAAUCAAACAAAUGAGAUUGAUGAAGAAUUUCUUAAAAAGAAAGAAAAAAGAAAUCGUAAGUUUUUUUUAAAGCGAUCUAUUUCUUUGUUGUAGAUCUGUAAAUAGAGUGGCAAGAUAGAAUUUUAAAUAGGAUCAGAUUUCCUCCAUAUAGAGAUUAUGUAAGGUGGCCAUUACCCUCAUAAUUAAUAUAAUUUUAAAGAAGUUCGUUCUGAAGUAUAUCUGGAUGAUACAGAGUUUUAAUCAUCUAACAUAACAUGUAGCUUAGAAAAUGCUUCUAAAAGCAUUCUAAAAAAGUGUCGAAAUUUGCAAUCAGAACAAAAUUUCAAAUCUUUCUCACAAAUAUAAUAAUAAUUCAAAGAAGUUAAUUCAUUCUGCUAACUUAUUAAGAAAUAGGAUAAUCAAAAAAAUUGUCAACUCGAUUCUUAUUUAUUAGACGCCGUUUUAAUCAAUUAAAAUAAUUAGUUUGAUCAAUAAAUACAAGAAACAAAAUAAAUUUUAAUUGAAUAGCAUUUAGCUAUUAUAAAUAGUCUAUAAACUUGA